AUGCCAAAAGGACGGAUACCUCCAGUGUCUAACUUCCCCGACAAAAUCCAGUUGGAUCGCCUAACACAUGUCUCAUUCGCCCAUCCUGACUUGGAAGCCUUCGAUGGCUUUGCGCAUGCCUUCGGGUUCGAACUAGCGCAUCGCACCAGUACAGGUAUCUAUUAUCGUGGCUGGGGAAGAGAUGCAUAUGCUUACGUCGCGCGUAAACAAGAUGAGAAGAAGUUUCUCGGAGCCACAUUUGUUGCAAGCUCAGAGUCGGACUUUCAGAAAUGCACAGAGUUACCUACUGCGUCCGCAGUGUGGGAUAACGUUGGCGCUCCAGGAGGUGGGAAGAUGGUUAGUCUUUCUUCUCCUUCUGGGGGGGUGAUGCAUGUUCUCUGGGGUCAGGAGGAUCGUCCUAUUCCGGAGAAGGCAGUUUCUGCGACAGAAGUACAUAAAGGGGGGUAUAAUACUUCGCUAAAGAAGGAGCGAAAGGGAGAAUACCAACGCUUCAAGCUGGGUCCCGCAAUGGUUCACAAACUAGGGCACUAUGGCUACCUCACGACAAUGUUCGACGAAGACAUUGAGUUCUACACGAAGAACUUCAACUUUGUUCCCUCAGACAUCCUUUACGAAGAAUCCGGAUCCGAAGGGCAGGACUCACAAAUCGACACCCUCACAUUCAUGCACUUAGACAAAGGAAAAGAGUAUGUAGACCACCACACUCUGUUCCUCGCUCGCGUACAAGAUCCCAAUCCAGAGCUCAAGGAAACCCGCCACCGUCUUCAUCACUGCUCAUUUGAGGUCGAGGAUUUCGAUACCCAGUUACUUGGUCACGAGUAUCUCCUCCAAAAGGGAUAUACUCCUCUUUGGGGUGUUGGACGACAUAUCCUUGGGUCACAGAUCUUCGAUUACUGGAAAGAUCCAAGCGGGUUUACAAUCGAGCAUUAUGCCGAUGGGGAUGUAGUGAAUGUUGAUAAUGGCACUGGGAGAGAGAAGAGUGAGGGUGCCGCGUCGAUGUAUAUCUGGGGACCGGUCAGGCCAGAGGAGGGUGUUGCUAGUUAG